GGCUCACACUCAGACCUUCCUCCAUGAAGGAAAAGCAAGCAUGCUUGAGCAGAAAGCUGGGAUUUAUUGCAGAGCAGGUCAGGUGUGAGGUUUUCGUUGCGUUGGCUGCGCUCCCGACGCGCAGAGGCUGGGAGGUGACACUUGCAGCCUCGCCCCUGUUUAAAUUCCCCAAGUGCUCCAUUCAAAAUGCCACUCUCAGCGCUGCAAGGAGGGGGACACUCAGCAUGGGCACUCGGAAUUACCCCUGGCACUUCAUCCUCUCCGUUCUCCUCUGUACCCUGAUGGCAUUAGAGGGAAAGGACACAAAGACUGCCACCUCUGAGAGCCACCCGAGUGUCCCGAGGAGCACAAACAGCAGCAGCAGAGCUGGCCCAGCAGCAAACAGCUCCGAUGGCUCCGUGGCAGAGCCUGACACCCCAACAAUCCAAACCUCCCUCCUGGGCACAACCUUGCUGUCCCCCUCCACCAUGAGGAUGGUGGGUGCAGAGAGCUCAGCACCAGGAACUGGCACCACCACUGCUGCUUCCUCCCCACCUCUCAGCUCAGCCACAAGGAGCCACUCCUCCUCUUCCUCGUCUUCCUCCUCUCCUGGGAGCUCCUCAGCUGUGCCUCCCAGCCCACAGCAGAGCAGCACCAGCAGCACCACUGGGAUGCUCUCAGCCACCACAUCCCACCCAUCCACAGCCCUGGUGUCCUCUCCAUCCUCCACUGCUGGGACAGGGACACAGGGCCCAAGCACCCCCAGGCCUGUGGCUUCCACCUCUCCUGCCUCAGAAACCAUCGAGGCCAGGCCUUCAUCCACAGCAGGCAGCAGCACAGGGAGACCAACACCUCAGCUCACCACCGGACAGUCCUCGGUGCAGGGGACGGUCACUUCACCUCCCUCAUCCUCCACAGCCUCUGCAGGCAGCAGUGCCAUGACUCUUCCUGGAGAAGAGAAAGUUUCCACCAUGAACCAGGGGAACAGAACAACAACUGAGACCUCCCAUUCCCACCCAUCCACAGCCCUGGUGUCCUCUCCAUCCUCCACUGCUGGGACAGGGACACAGGGCCCAAGCACCCCCAGGCCUGUGGCUUCCACCUCUCCUGCCUCAGAAACCAUUGAGGCCAGGUCUUCAGCCACUGUGGGCAGCAGCACAGGGACACCAACACCUCAGCUCACCUCAGCCCUGCCCCAGGGACAGCCAACUGAGCAGGUGACAGCCACUUCACCUCCCUCAUCCUCCACAGCCUCUGCAGGCAGCAGUGCCAUGACUCUUCCUGGAGAAAGGGAGGGUUCCACCAUGAACCAGGGGGACAGAACAACAACUGAGACCUCCCAUUCCCUCCCUUACACAUUGCCGGAGUCCACGAUGACGGUGGGUGGAGAAGGGAGGACGGACACUGCACCCACAACAUCAAUGUCAGAAAGGGACUCACUGGGGACAUCUCCUGGGAGUGGUGCAGCGUUCACAGCAUUCUCAACAACAGGAACUGGCACCACCACUGCCCCAGAGACUGGCACUGCUUCUUCCCUGUCCUUCAGCUCAGCAGUGACGAGCCACUCCUCCUCCUCCUCCUCCUCUCCUGAGGGAGCUGUGUCUCCCAGCCCACAGCAGAGCAGCACCAGCAGCACCCCUGGGACGCCCUUGGCCACCACAUCCCACCUGUCCACAGCCCUGGUGUUCUCCUCUCCAUCCUCCACUGCUGGCACUGCGGGCAAUGAGUCAGAGCCCAUUGUGAGCAGCUCAGCUGCCACCACAGCCAGCUCCAACCCAGUGCCUUCCACCUCUGGCACAACUUCCAUGAGCUCCUCAGCUGUGUCCUCCAGCCCACAGCAAAGCAGCACCAGCAGAACCACUAGGAUGCUCUCAGCCACCACAUCCCACCCAUCCACAACCCUGGUGUUCUCCUCUCCAUCCUCCACUGCGGGCAAUGAGUCAGAGCCCAUUGUGAACAGCUCAGCUGCCACCACAGCCAGCACCAAACCAGUGCCUUCCACCUCUGGCACAUCUUCCAUGGGCUCCUCAGCUGUGUCCCCCAGGCCACAGCAAAGCAGCACCACUGGGAUGCUCUCAGCCACCACAUCCCACCCAUCCACAGCCCUGGUGAUGGCCACUUCCCCUCCCUCAUCCUCCACAGCCUCUGCAGGCAGCCAUGCCACGACUCCUCCUGGAGAAGGGGAAAGUUCCACCAUGAACCAGGAGGACAGAACAACUGAGCCCACUGCCAACACCUCCCAUUCCCUCCCUGCCACAUCCCUGACAACCCCAUCCACGACAAACAUCAGUACAGCAACAUCCGUUAAUCCUUCUAUUUCUACAACUUGCUUGACAGUGUCCAUCCGAGUUCAGAAUGUGACUGCAGAAGAAAUUCACCUCAGCUGGAGCAGCAGCAGCAGCACAGGCAGCCUGUACAGCAUCUCUGUCAAGGAUGGAGAGGAGAUAAAUACAAGAACUACAAAUGAGACAGAAACUGUGAUUGAAAACCUGCUUCCUGGCCAUGUGUACACCAUUUCCGUGGCACUGUCAUCUUGUGCUGGGAGCAAUCCUGCUUCAGUCACUGUCCGAACAGAUUAUGGUUCCUGUUUCAAAGGGACUGAGUUGUGUUUAGCACAAAGUACUGGCUGUUCUGACUUGAAAGGCAUUGCGUGCUCCAAUAACCAAGCAUUUUCCUGCAGAGUUUGGUUCGAAAACGAGAAAUUUAAUAACACACUUUAUAACUCUGAUAGUGAAGGCUACAUAAAUAUGUCUAAAAGACUCAAAACAGAGGUUCUUGAAGCAAUGCACGCUGAACUGGGGAAUAACCACUCUGAUAUUUUCAUUCUGGGGUUCAGAUCUGGCAGUGUGAUUGCUGAUUUUCUCUUUUUGCUGCCAAAAGAAGAAGCCAUGGAUGUGGGUGAUAUACAGACCCGCCUGAGUAAUGUAUUAACAAGCAAGUUUGGGAGAAAAAGUGAAGUGGAAACUGUGUCUGCUCAGUCACCAGCUGACAACAUCUCCUCCUGGAGAGCAGCAGUGAUUGUCCUUGGAGUUCUGCUGGGAGUUGCAUUAGUGGUGAUUCUGCUGGCAAUUCUGUUUUACAUCCAUGGGAGGAGAAGAUCAGGUAAAUACUUGGUUGAACCCUCAGGACUCAUCGGAAUGUUUGUCUACAAGCACUUAUAAGAUAAACCAUCAGCUUCACUUAAAUGUUUUGGGCAAGGCAGAAAAUUAAUAUAUUUAUCUUAUAAUUUGAUGUUAUUAUUAUAUUAUAUAUACAUAUUGAUGUUAUUAUUAUAUUAAUUGUGCAUAAUAACUUAGGAUAAUUUACACCCUUUCCUUCCCAAUGUGCAUUGUCAAACUCCUGAGCUUCUAACAACACCUAAUGAAUCUUCCUUUAAACAGGUAUGGAUUUUUCCUCAUUGUACACCUGGUAGAGUGAGGAACAGAGAAACUUCUCUUCAGCCUAUCCCAUAUAGGUACUGCAAUGACUAUUAAAACUGGCAAUCUAGAGAGACAAGACCCAAACUACUCAAUAUUCUAUUUAGGUGGCACUGAAAACAGGGUGACUGAGCCUGGUAGCUGUGGCAUGUCACCUGAAUGCUCAGCUGAGCCCAGAGUCAUCCUGUUGGCUUUUGUGCACUUGCCCAAGGGUGAUUCACCUCCCCUGAGACUCCUAUCACUGUAUAGAAUUAUAAAUAUAUAUAUAUGCCUUUUUCUGUGACUGCAGAAUGAGCCCAGGACAAUUAGCAAUCCAGCAUCUGCAGCUUGAUUAGGAGUUUGGAGGGAAAUGGGAUAAAUCUCAGUUAUGUGCACUUGCUGUAGAAGUCUGCUGGACCAGAAACUUGAUUUGGAGGUUUCUGAAUUCAAGGUUUCUUUAAUUGCUGGGCUAUGAAGAAAUAACUGUUUAUAUGUGUCAAAUGUAAGGCAUGCUAAAUCCAGCUGUGGUGUCACAGCAUAGUCUCAGAGGUGGGGAAGGCAAACAUUUGGCCAAUUUGAGCCAAAAGUAUUUUACUCACCUAUUUUUGCCUGUCAAAAAUGGUUGGCUGAGCAAGGAUGUCCCAUAUAGUGCAAUUCUGUCCUGCUCUUGGUAAUCCCAAAGUAGAGUCCAGUCCAAAAGAAACAGCUCCUGUGGCAUUGGAGCAGACCUUGCUUCAGAUUUCUCCUAAUUGCUUUUUGAACAAUUAGAAGAAAUUACCUUCACCUUUUCCCACCCCUCUUCACUGCAGUCCUGGUGAAGUUACAUUCUAUUCCAUUUCUGUGAUGCAGUUUUUCCUUCUUGGAAUGUGCUGAACAGAUGACAAAGGGGCAGUUUACUGCUCUACAUAUUUCCAGCAGGAUUUAUGAGUUUCAUUUCAAACCAGCUCUCCCUGUAUCUCUAUAUUUUGAAUUCCUGUUGAGGCACUGAGUAUUAAACCAUGAUGUUGAGGCCCUGGCUGGCAGCCCCUGAACACCCCUGGUUUUUGGGUUUUUUUGUGGUGAUUUGGCACAGAUUUGGGUACAUUGGUGCCAGAACUGCAGCACAAGCAGAGGUGCACCAGCAGCUCUGCUCUGCUCCCUGUGCAGCCAGCAUUCAAUCUUAUCCCUCAUUCCCUGUGCUGUGACACAGCUCCUGGCACAGCCGUGCUGAGGACCCUGGCUGCAAUAUUAUUUUUAGCAGCAGGGACCUAUGAAACAGGGGCUUGCAUGCCUUGCUCUCCCUUUCCUUCUGUGUAGGGUCAAUAUGUCUGUCGUGGUUAAGAUCUGGGGUGUGGAGUCACAGACACCUCAGUGGUGGGAAGAGAGUGAUUAGUAUUUGUUACAUUUCUAUUUUGUGGCUUUUAAAUAUAGCUAGCUCUGAUGUUCCACUCACUGAGUAGUCACUCAACAAUGUAUUCUGUCAGUAAAUACAAGUUAUUCAGGGAGCUCUCUUGGAAACACAAAUGAGUACUCUUGCUUGUGUUAAUACUCUUUUAUUUCUCUUUUGAGCGAUAUACUUUGAAUAGCAAAUCCUCAUUGUCAGUAAACCUUUCUGAUGUCUUUGUAAAUAGUGUUAAAUAGAGACCAUGUACAGCAGGCUUGAACAAUCCUGGGACAGUUCAUGCCAAGUGUAUUUAAUGUCU